AAGGGUCCAGUGAAGUACGGGCCCGGAUCUGGAUAGCCUUCUGUGACUGUUCGCCGUGCUCGCGUUCCGGCGGAAUUUCUGAAGCGCGUCAUCGGCCGGGACUCUAGCAGGUCAUUUUCGGCUAGUGUAUCAUCACUACCGCAGCGCGGCAGGCAUCGUGCAGAGCUUCGUAUCAUCGCGACCCUCAACACCACGAGUCGACGACAACAUGGCCAAGACACUGAUUGGCGCCCUUGCUCUGGCGUCACAGGCACUUGCCUUCAGCAACACCUCGCCCUUCUUCCUGUUCUCCACCGCUGACUUGUUGCUGGAGUCCUCCAGCGCAUCGAUCGCCCAGUCGACCAGCAUCACUGCCGAUGUAUUGGAAGCCCUGAAGGAAUGCCCGACCAAGAACUACGUUGUUGUUGAGCAGGACGGUGUCUCUGCCGCCGAUUACGCUGAUGGACGCUCUACGCCACGGUUGGCGCAGUACAUGGCCGGCCAGCACGACGACGUCAAGUCGACAGUUUCCGUGCCAGAUGUCGUUGGAAAGGUUGACGUAGCCGAGAUCACACAAUACCUGGAGACAAAGUGCGGGUCUGUUAAGAGCGUACAGCUCGAUACACCACCGGCGUCAAGGGCGCUCAGGUCACUGUACAUGGGACAACAAGACCAAUUCCUCGAAGACAGCUUCUCCAAGUACGCCGAAUCGCAAGACUACACCGUCAUCUACAUCACCACCCCUCCCACUGAAGCGCAAGCCAAGGCACAACUCGAGGCCGAGCAGCAGCACCAAUACGAGAUGGAGAACUCUUUCGGCGACAACAUCCAGAUGGAGCUGAAACGUGACACCACCGCACACUACAAGCGCGCGAACUCGACCAGCGACGAGGGCGGCCUGUUCGAGAGGUACCAGUACUUCACACCGGGCCUGUUCAUGGGCUUUGCAACUCUCAUCCCGCUGUUCUUGAUCCUGCUUGUCGGUAUUCGAGCUCUCACUAGCCUGGAAGUGUCGUACUUUGCCUUCAGCAAGGAGAUGGGCCCCAAUGCGCAGAAGAAGCAGCAGCAGUAGAGUGAACAGACUUGGCAGAAGUAGUCGACGAGCGAUGUAAAUCUUGUAUCUUUGUAAGAGCAUGGGCACCAGGCGUUUGUGUGAAAUACACUAGGAACUGUAGCGAACGAGAUAUCGAAUGGUACACACAUAUAUACACAAGAUCUAGCCACCGAACCAUCGAGUGCCAUACAUGGUAGCUUACGUCUCUCUACUGAUAAUCUUAGCACAAGAGAGCUGGUCAGUCGAGAAGUGC